AUGGCCAUCUUAGCCACCAUGUAUAAUCACUUGCCUAAGAAGAACAGAGGCAAAAGUUUGAGCGACAGAUUUGAAUUCCUUAUGAAAUUCCUUGAACCCUUUGAUUUGGCUGUGCUUAGAGCCAGCUUCAUUGCCUUGAACUUUCUGUUAAGUUUCUGUGGAGAAAUGACUCAUUCCAGGGCUGAAAUAAUGAGAUACGCAGAGGUGUCAGAAAGCAAGGAAGGGCCCCCCAAAAUAACAGAGGUAUGUGAAAAUGACACAGAAAUCAACUUGAAGGAUUGCCCAAUGGCCAAAUCUGGGGCAAAUUAG